AUGAAACAAGUUAAAUUUACUCUCUCUCUGCCGCCUUUGUCCACUCUGUCUCUCUGCCGCCUUUGUCCACUCUGUCUCUCUGCCGCCUUUGUCCACUCUGUCUCUCUGCCGCCUUUGUCCACUCUGUCUCUCUGCCGCCUUUGUCCACUCUCUCUCUCUGCCGCCUUUGUCCACUGUCUCUCUGCCGCCUUUUGUCCACUCUCUCUCUGCCGCCUUUGUCCUCUCUCUCUCUCUCUGCCGCCUUUGUCCACUCUCUCUCUCUGCCGCCUUUGUCCACUCUCUCUCUCUGCCGCCUUUGUCCACUCUCUCUCUCUCUGCCGCCUUUGUCCACUCUCUCUCUCUUUGUCCACUCCUUUGUCCCUUUCUCUCUCUCUCUGCCGCCUUUGUCCCUCUCUCUCUCUCUCUCUGCCGCUUUUGUCCACUCUCUCUCUCUCUCUCCGCCUUUGUCCACUCUCUCUCUCUCUCUGCCGCCUUUGUCCACUCUCUCUCUCUCUCUUGCCGCCUUUCCCACCUCUCUCUCUCUGCCGCCUUUGUCCCUCUCUCUCUCUCUCUCCGCCUUUGUCCACUCUCUCUCUCUCUGCCGCCUUUGUCCACUCUCUCUCUCUUGUCUCUCUCUCUCUCUGCCGCCUUUGUCCACUCUCUCUCUCUCUCUCUGCCGCCUUUGUCCACUCUCUCUCUCUCUCUCUGCCGCCUUUGUCCACUCUCUCUCUCUCUCUGCCGCCUUUGUCCACUCUCUCUCUCUCUCUGCCGCCUUUGUCCCUCUCUCUCUCUCUCUCUGCAGCCUUUGUCCAGCCGCCUUUGUCCACUCUCUCUCUCUCUCUCUCUGCCUUUUUGUCCACUCUCUCUCUCUGCAGCCUUUGCAGCCUUUCCUCUCUCUCUGCAGCCUUUGUCCACUCUCCUACUCUCCUCCUCACCCUUCACUACAUGCUCUCCUCCUCACCCUCUCACUCUCAUUCAUUUAUAUUAUUUCUCUUUUGUUCUUUUGGCUUUUUUUGUGAUUUUCUUGAUCUUUCUUUUACCUUUUUAUCUUUGCCACUUUCUCUCAUUUUUGCCUUUUUUACUCUUUCAACAUUUUCUUUCUCUUAUGGAAUUAACACAUUAAUUCCAUCUACAUCUUACGCGCGCGAGUUUUCCUCCCUUCCUUUCACACUUGCACCCCUGCCUCUCUCUUACAGUUAG